GCCAAUUUUUCACGCAGAAUUUUUGGUUUACGCAUAUGAUUCGCCUUCUGAGAAUGAACCCCACCUUACUCAGUAUGGAGAAAGAAUUCCGGUUUGCAAACGAAGCACACGAGGUUCGUUUCCCUUAUGGAUGACUGCGUUGAUUCCUGGUUUCGUUGGGGGCUUAUAUCAAUGGGGACGGAUAUUGAUCCACCUCACGAAUCCCAUCACCAAUGUCCUCUCCUAGUACCAACCCCACCACUGCCAACAACCCUGUCCACGAUGACGAGCCACUCCCUACCGAUGGAGAUGAUGAUAUUCAUUCCAUUCUUCGCAAACUCCGUUUAGAUGAAGUCGUUGGGCUUUCGCAGAAUAACACCCAUAAACGAACCGUUCGGUACAACGCCGCCGGAAAUUACAUCUCCCUUGUCUUCCUCGAAACCGGUCGUUAUAUCCGCUACCUAUUCCAAACAUGGACCUCCGUCAUUAUUUCCAUCCUCUUUGGUGGUCUCGGUUUGUUCGAUGCGCUCUCGCUCCUAUUCUUUGCGGUUGGUGGAUCGGCGCUUCUGUUUUUGGUUCUUAUCUUCUGUUUAGCUGCCCAUUUCCCUGUUCUCGUCCGACUUUACUACCGCUGGUCUGCCAAAUACGGCGGAGGACUGGGUCUCGUUAAUGCCGGAAAUCCAUCCUUAUUUUAUGCACUCACUCAAGAACAAGCGACUGCUGCUAAGAAAGCGCUUGGUGUGGAUAUUUCGAAACAGAAGGAUAAUACGAAAGAAAGGUUUUUUGAUUUUGAUAUCGCAAAGUUGACGCUACAAAUAGCUUCCGUCAUCUACGAACACGAUAACGACGCGAUUCGAAAGGCCGUCGCUCUGACCGCUUCGGACAAACCAAAGACGUAUGCGCCUCAAUUAUCGUCCAUCGUGUCAGGUAUCAGGACGAACUUGGACCCUCCUUCUCAUGGACCGGGAAGGCUUUUGGAGGAUUUGUUUGGGGAACAAAAAAGGGAUGAUGUGAGUCAGGCGUUGGAUAGUGAAGGGGAUAGGAAAAUUAGGGAGUUUUGUGCGAAGUUUGGGAUCGAUUUUGAACCUGUUUCAGAACUGAACAACACCUCAUCGGCCUUCGCCGGUCUAUUCUGGGAUCCCAACUCCAACUGGAUCAUCCUUUCCUUCAAGGGUACAGGUCCCAUCGAAUUCGGAGAAUGGUUAUCGGAUUUCAACGCGUUCAUGGUUCCCGUGGGGACGCAUGUGAACCUGUUUAGUAAAGUUCACAAGGGAUUCAAGGAGAGGGUGUUUCCUGAGGACGUGAGCAAGUUGGGGAACUUUAGACCUUAUGAUACGAUAUUGGCGGGGACGAAAGCUUUGGCGAAGUGGCUGAGGAAGAAGAAUGGAUUUGGAGAUAAUGUCAAGAUUAACCUUUGGUUCACGGGACAUUCGUUGGGAUGUGCGACAGCUUCGCUCGUGUAUACCCGUAUGGUGAUGAACGACGACUUGCCGAAGAAAAUAGAACUUCGGAAUCCGUACUUGUUUGCGGCUCCUAUCCUUUGCGACAGGCCUUCUGUUGAAUCGUUCAACGGGAAAAUGUUUGGGGAUUCGAAGAGGAUUAAGACUAUGUGGCGUAUCACCUCGAAUGAUGACGCUGUGGCCACUUUGUUGCCUGAAUUGGGAGAUUACAAUUCAUUGCAAAUCUCUCCUAAUAAUGGCUUUGCAUUUGCCCACUUGGGGACGGAACUGAAGCUGCGUAAUGAACCUGACAACUCGAACGUCGCGGGUAACCACAUUACCUACGGAACGACCGUCCACCUCGACUCUGCUUUCUCCAAAGAAGAGAUUGCUAAACAACGAGCUGAACAUUUGGCCCAGCCUGGCGAAGCGAAGCGUGAACUGAUUGGAGUGUUUUUGCAAAAGAUUCCGCUAAUUGGACGUUUGAUCGCUCAUUGUACUAUUUACUAUUGGGAUCAGCUGGAUCGUGUGGCGAUUGGGGAGUGCAAUUGGGUCAUCAACUAAUUGACCAAGAACAACCCGCCACCGCCAUGGGAACAAGGGGGCGUCGUUGUAGAUUACUCUUCAGCCGUUAACCGUUCUUCUCGAUGUCUCUUUCCGCUUCGCCAGGCUCGUUCCUCCCCCUCCCCCUCCCUCUCCCUCAAACGCCUUCAGUAUCAAAACCCUUACCAACAUUCCAUUGAGCCAUUAAGGUUAAUUGUGUCGUGUUCUUGCUUUUGUGACUUUUCGAAAUCUCCCGUGCUACUACAGUCAUUCACGGGCCAAUGGUUCACAUUUUGUAAUUUUGAGACUAUGACAUUGGAUCAAAACCAAAUACAAAAUUUUUAUGACGGAUAGUAGCCAGGCUGGGUAUGUACAUAUUACCGAGAGAUAUAAAGAAAUGGAUGAAAAAUGAACGAG